AUGAGCGCAGCUAUCCGUGUUGUGCCCAGUAGGGCAGCCAGAGCAGUCAACUUGCUCAAGACAGUUCAAUACACCCAUCCUCCAUCAUGUCCAUGCCACUCCAACCCAGGCUAUCACCAAAACCAGACCCGGUCAACGGUGUCCCGAUACAAUGACAGGACCUCCCGGCGUAACUAUGCCACACCCCAAGACACCUCCCAACUGAAGGAGUACGCCUUUGAAAUGGCCGCCUCCUCCAUCCGCUUCGGCCCUGGCGUCACGCAAGAAGUCGGCAUGGACAUUGCCAACCUCAACCCCUCCGGCACCGUCGCCGUUAUCACUGACUCAACCGUCGAGAAGCUCGACGCUAUGCGCCAAGUCCGCGAGUCUCUCGACCGGGAAGGCAUCAAGUACAAGAUCUUUAAUAAAGUCAAGGUCGAACCCAAGGACUACUCCGUCAAGGAAGCCAUCGACUGGGCCCGCACCACCGGCGACUACUCGGUCUACCUGGCCGUCGGCGGCGGCUCCGUCAUUGAUACCGCCAAGCUUAUGAACCUAUACUCGGUCUACAAGGACGCCGACUUUAUGGAUUUUGUCAACGCCCCCCUGGGUAAGGGACGUCCCGUGGACCGAAAACUCCACCCGCUCAUUGCUGUCCCGACCACCGCGGGCACAGGCAGUGAGACCACCGGCACGGCCAUUUUUGACUUGGUAGCCAAGAAAUCCAAGACGGGUAUCGCCCACCGCAACCUCAAGCCCUACCUGGGAAUAUGUGAUCCGCUGAACACGCGGACGAUGCCGAGUGCUGUGAAGGCUAGUUCGGGGUUGGAUGUACUUUGUCAUGCGUUGGAAAGUUACACGGCUAUUCCAUUCAACGAGCGGACGCCGAGACCAACAAAUCCGAUUCUCAGACCGGCGUAUCAGGGCGCUAAUCCCAUUAGUGAUAUUUUCUCACUAAACGCGCUGAGGCAGACGGUAAAGUAUUUGCCAAGGAGCGUAAAGGAUCCGGAGGAUGUUGAGGCACAGACCGAGAUGUUGCUGGCGGCAACGUUGGCAGGUGUGGGAUUUGGUAAUGCUGGUGUGCAUUUGUGUCACGGCAUGUCCUACCCCAUCUCCUCCCAAAACAUUGCCUCCUACAAACACGCCGGCUACGACGUCCCGCACCCCAUUAUCCCACACGGCGUCUCCGUGGCCGUGACAGCGCCCGCGGUCUUCAAAUUUACAGCUGCUUCAAAUCCGGACAGACACCUUGCUGCCGCCGAAGCCUUUGGGGUGGAUAUCUCCAACGUCAAGCGCGAGAGCGCUGGCGAGGUUUUGGCAGAGGCCAUCGCCAAGUUCCUGGCUAACUUGGGAGAUCAACCCGCUGGUCUGAAGGCUUUGGGCUUCGGAAGGGAACAUGUCGAGCAGCUGGUCGAGGGAACGAUUCCCCAGGCAAGAGUCUUGAUGUUGGCCCCAGGACUGGCGAAGGAGUUGCAGGCAGAGAGGGAGCAGUUGGGACGGUUGUUUGAGGAUGCGUUGGAACAUUAAUUAUGGGUGUCUGGUGAGGCAGAGGUGGUGCCUACCUCUAUGGAUAAUGGGGGAUGGUGUAGGUUGGGUUGAUAUAUCGGGGUUAGGUUGUUAGGUAGAGGUAUGCUGGUAGAUGCAGACUGCAUGAAUCGAUGCAGAUAUC